AUGCAGCCUCAAACCACGAAGUACGACCAGAACGCGUCCACCAACUUGGACCAGGACGUGAACAGCUCACGGCUGGUGAAAUACGCCCAGAACCAGACGGAAAUCAAAGAGUACCUCUACGCAAUACUAUCAAAGGAACACCCCCGGCUCUUCGAGAAGUAUGGCCCUGAUUUUCUUGCAAUUGACCUAGCAGAGCUGCUCAAGGACGGAGAGAUCCUAUGCAAGCUUGGAUCGUUGUUGCCAGCCUCGAAGGUGCCCAACAACCCCAGCACCAAGUUUCGGAGCUCGAAGAUGCCAUUUGUCCAGAUGGAGAACAUCUCGUUCUUCUUGAGCACCUGCGAGCUAGUGGGUUUGCCGCACGACGAGAUCUUCCAGACAGUGGACUUGUACGAGGCCAAAGACCCAUACCAGGUGGUUAUCACCUUGAUGUCGUUCUCGAGGUUGGCCAACAAGAUCGACGCGUCCAAGUUCCCGCAUGUGGUCGGGGCAAGGGCUGCCCGCGUCAAGCCCAACGUCCCCAGCAAGCCAUUCAGACUAAGGACCAAAUAG